AUGAGACCAACCAGGAGGAUGUUUCCUAGGAUAUCCACCAAGCUGUUUGGCAUAAUCUUUUUGUUCCUCUUUGUUUCUUUUGCUGCUUACAUUGGCUUUUCAGAAAAACAUCCAUACAGACCAUUCAGUUACUUUCAUCAUGACACCAGAGAAGCACAAAUGAACAUCCAGCAGAGUGCCCAAGGAGCUCUGGAUACCCGCCAGGACCUAGUAAACCCUCUAAAGGUGAUACUUGGCCCUGACAAUACUGCAGAAGAGCAAGGUGCUGUUAAGAGACAGGCACUGAAUAACAACCUGGAUGCCAAGGAAGAGCACGCCAAGGAAGAAGGAGUGAUAUCUGAAUCUAUUAAGAAGCAAACAGGGGAUAGUUUUGGGGUACCAGCAGACAAUAAAAAACAAGCUGAGGAGGAAUUAAGACCCCAAGCCAAUGAGAUGCCAGCUGAAAUUAGGGCUGUGAGACCUGCAGCCAAUCAAAACCUUGCUGAGGAUAAGGGUGCAACACAGACUGCCAAAGAAAAACAAGGUAAGAGCAUAGCAGUAAUAUCCGUUUCAAAGGAAGAGAAAAAUAAAGACGUGUUGCAAGAUCACAAAGAGAAGCAAUCUGAGGCUAAAUAUGUAACACCACCAUCCACUUUGCAAACCAAGGGAAAAGUAAAGGAAACACACACAUCUGAAGAGCACUUGGUAACUUCUGGUCCUCCUUCUCAGAAGUUGUUUACCAAAGCCAAGUCAGUUGCUGCUGCUGCUGUGGAUCACAGAGCCACAACCCACAAUCAGAGGUUUAAAGCAUCUGACUUCAAAUCUGAGCCCCGUUGGGACUUUGAUGACCAGUAUCUUCUGGACAAGUCAACUCCACAGUCAACCUGUCCAAAUUCACUGCGGGUCAAGGCUGGCAAAUCUGACUGGUUGCAGGGCAUUUUCCUGUCUAACAUCACACUCUUUAUGGACAGGAGUCACUUCAGUGACAGUGAAUGGGAGCGCAUGGAGCAUUUCUCCCCACCUUUUGGGUUCAUGGAGCUAAAUUACUCAUUGGUAAAAGAAGUCAUAACCAUGCUUCCUCCAAAACCCUAUCACCAGAUUCUCAUGGCACACAACGGCAGCCAGGCUUCCAGGUGUAUCACCUGUGCUGUAGUAGGAAAUGGAGGGAUAUUGAACAACUCCGGAAUGGGCCAGGAGAUUGACUCCCAUAAUUAUGUCUUCCGGGUGAGUGGGGCCGUGAUCAAGGGUUAUGAGAGAGAUGUUGGAACAAGAACAUCCUUCUAUGGAUUCACAUCCUAUUCCUUAGUGGCUUCACUUAUGGUACUGGGGCACCAUGGAUUUAAGAAGAUCCCCAUGGGACCGGAGAUCAAGUACCUUCAUUUCCUGGAAGGGGAAAGAGAUUAUGAGUGGCUGAAAGCUCUUCUGCUGAACAAGGAAGUCAGGAAAGGAUUUUUGGAUUACUAUGGGAAAAAGCCCAGGGAAAAAUUUGAUAACAAUUUCAGCCUGGAUACAUACUUUGUGAUUCAUCCAGAUUUUCUCAGAUACACCAAAAACAGGUUUCUAAAAUCCAAAAGUUUGGACCAAUCCAACUGGCGGAUCUAUAGACCCUCAACAGGCGCGUUCCUUUUAUUAACUGCACUCCAUCUCUGUGACCAGGUAAGCGCUUAUGGGUACAUCACGGAAGGUCACCAGAAGUAUUCAGACCACUAUUACGACAAGGAAUGGAAACGCUUCAUCUUUUAUGCCAACCAUGACUUUGACCUGGAACGGAGGUUGUGGAAAAAGCUUCACGAUGCAAACAUCAUAAAGCUCUACCAACAACCCUGA